UUUUGUACAAAAGAUUGUAAUUAUUCUAAAGGGAAAAUACAGAAAAAAAAAAAUGAUUUUCAUAAUGUAGUUUUUUUACUGUUACUAUAUACUAUACAAGGUGUUCCAAUUGGAGUAUCAUCAAUAAUUCCUUUAAUUAUUCAAGAUAAAGUAAGCUAUUCUCAGCUAAGUAUUUUUUCUUUAGUUAGCUUACCUUUUAGCUUAAAAUUAUUAUGGGCUCCCAUAGUUGAUUCUGUCUAUAAUAAAAAAAUUGGUAGAAGAAAAAGUUGGAUAAUUCCUCUCCAGUUAAUAUGUAGCUUUUCAAUGAUAUAUUUCGGUAGCUAUGUAAAUAAGUGGUUAGGAGAAGGAAGUAACAACAUAAAUUUAUAUUUUUUAACAACUUUUUUUUUUGUUCUAUUUUUUUUGAUGGCUACUCAAGAUAUUGCAGUAGAUGGUUGGGCAUUAACAAUGCUGUCAGAAGAAAACAAAUGCUUAGCUUCUACAUGCAAUAUUUUAGGUCAAAACAUAGGUUAUUGUAUGUCCCAGUUGUCAUUUUUAACAUUAAAUAACAAAAAAAUAUGCUUUUAUAUAUUUAAAAAAUAUAUAAGAUUCAUGCACUUAAUAUUUUAUAAUUCUCAUUAUUAUAGAAAUUUGUAUGAAAAGGUGGAUUUUAUUUAUCCAUCAUUUCAACCAUUUGUUGAUACGAAUUUAUUUUUGAAAAUUUGGGGAAUCUUCAUAUUGAUAUUAACUAUAUUUACUUGUUUUAAAAUAGAAGGAUCAUAUGAAACUAAUAUAAAAAGAGUAGGAGAAAUGGAGAAUUGUGGCAAUCAAAUAAAUAAUGAGGAAUUUGAAAAUGCAAAAGAGACUUAUAAAAAAUUAUAUGAAUUAUUUUUUUUACCACCAAUGAGAAUAAUUAUUAUUUUAUUUUUAAUAAGUCGUUUGCCUUUUGCAUCGGUAGAGGUUGCUACAAAUUUUAAAAUGUUAAAAAGAGGAAUAACAAAAGAAGAAUUUGCAAUUUUCAAUCCUUUUUAUAUACCUAUAUAUAUUUUAUCACCAGCAAUUAUUGGAAAAAUCAUAAAAAAAAUAAAACCAUUAGAUUUUUAUUAUUUUGGAUAUAUUCUAAGAUAUUUUUCAAGCAUUAUAUUAUCAUCUUUACUACCUAUUACUCAUUAUAUGUAUUUAAAUAAAUCAAAAUUAUCCCAUAUGAAUUUUUAUGUUUAUUACUUAUAUAUUUUUUUUGCUCAAAUAUUUAAUCACUUUUGUAUUGAUGUAAUGAAUAUUUCAUCGAUGAGUUUUCAAAAUUUAAUAUCAGAUCCCAAAAUUGGUGGAACAUAUAUGACAUUUCUAAAUACUAUAAGUAACAUAGGAUCUCAUUGGUCUUCAAUAUUUCUGUGGCUACUCGACUAUACUGAUAGAAAAUUUUGCUAUAAAGGAAAAUGUAUAUUCAUUGAUGGUUUUUAUAUUCAAAUGAUAUUUUCUUUUUUAAUUGGAAUCAUAAUUAGCAAUUUUAUUUUAAGAUGCAUUAGAAAACUUCAAAAGAAUGGAGAACUAAUUGCACAAAUAGAGAAAUGA